AUGGCGUCGUUCCCUUCGCUGUCGCAGGAGGUGCUCGACAUGAUCCUGGAGCCGCUCAUUCCUGAACCCAUCCCCACUGACGGAAACACGGCUGACAUGCUCUAUGAUUACGGUCAAAGCUACGCAACUCUGUACAGCCUAUGUACGUCUCGGUUGUGGCGCCGCGUUGCACAACCGAGCCUUCACCGCAACGUCAUCGUCAACCAGCCGUUGGAGCUUCUCCGCCUCUACCGGACUCUUCUAGGCAACCGGGCCCUUCGCUCGUCUGUGCGACACUUCGCCUGUCUCACUGAUCUCGUCUUUCAUGACCAGCCUAUCCAAGAGAACAUCGAAACCGAAUGGGAUUGCGAGGUCCAGUCUCACGCUGACAGACUGAAAGCAUGGAACUCUGCAACCCCCUCCUUCAACAAUGCGGAUGUCAACCCACUAGAAACAAAGUUUCUAGAUGAUCUGGACCUUGCCGACAUCGAUACACUCACCGUGGGACAUGACUGCUAUCUACAGCGGGUGACUGCCAUGAUACUGGUCCUCUCGGGCGGACUUGUCGACUUCCUCAUGUAUGUACCAGAGAUCGACUUUCCACUGGAUGAGGCAGACAGCGACGAUGAACACCCUGUCCUCGAUUCGCGCCUGGCGAACACCAUGCGCUUUGGUGAUCCUACCUGCACACAUGCCCUCCGUCGCAUCCUCACACGCCUCGCCUUAAUCCGACUCCAACGCUCACCGGACCGACAGCAUGAAUAUGCAGAGAUGGACUGGAACCAAAGCUACGGCAUCGGAAUCAAUGCUGCCCAGAUCCCAAUGUUUGGCAUCGGACAAACCAAGAAGGUGGAGAUCUAUGGCGACAAUGGCGUCUGGAACAAGCCGACCGCUGCCAUGGAAUGUCUCGUCGACCUUCGUUUGAGCUUCAGUCGGACCUCGCCCACCUGCAUCUGCGAGAUCCUGAAGUUCAGUCGCAACCUGAAGAUAUUACACUGCGAGAGAGACACCCAUCAGGAAGAAUCCGAGAAGCUUGCCUGGGGACUUCCUCCAAAAGACAUCAACGAGGCCCUAUUACAGGGCGCGGAUACGCUUCAGACCUUGCGCCUGGACACCAUCGCUGGACAGUACUUGCCUGACAACGCUCCUGCCCGGCAAGCGACUGUCACCUGUCUGCCUGCAUUCGAGAACCUGCGGCACCUGGCCAUCGGCCUGACGAAACUAUUGGGUACCUGGACCGACCGAUCGGACAACGAGACAGCCUACCCACCUCUUUCGACCAUCCUUCCCAAGCAGCUGCACACCCUCGAACUCAUCGAGCGACUGUACGAAGGCGAGAAGAUGAACCUGCGCUACGACCAUAAACAAGCAGACAAGCACGAACAAUGGCUGGAGAUCAUGUUCGACGGCCUCAUCAAGGAAUGCGAAGAUGACCAGUGGCCCAGCCUGCGAGAGCUGACGUUCCGCGCAGCCAACAUGUCCGGAGAUAGCGGCAUCCACACCAUACAGAGAAAGGACACGAGAACACCGGAUGCGAUUUUGGAUUAG